AUGUCGUCCACCGGUGGACAAACUGGCAAGGCCAGAGAUGCGCCGAACGGGUUGUCGUCCAUGCUGUCGACUCUUAUUCCUGCAGCGAUUCUCGCCGGUGCUUUCGUGACAGCCUUCUUCAUCGCGCGCAAAUCCUACCGCAGAGUGUACGCACCGCGGACUUACCUUGAUCAUCUUGGGGUCCAGGGGCAGACUCCACCCCCGCGUAGAGCCUUGUUUGGUUGGAUCAAGGACUUCAAAGGCCUCAAGGACGAGUACAUCCUGGAUCACCAGUCCAUCGAUGGUUACCUUUUUGUGCGCUUCUUCAAGACGAUGAUCGUUUUGUGCUUCUUGGGAUGUCUCAUCACCUGGCCUGUUCUGUUUCCGGUCAACGCAACUGGUGGCGCCGGCCAGGAACAGUUCGAUAUUCUCUCCAUGAGUAACGUCAAGCAGACCAAGACUAACGUCAACCGCUACUACGCUCAUGCCAUCAUCUCGUGCAUCUUCCUGGGAUUGGUCAUGGUUAUCAUUGCGCGCGAGUCCUUCUACACCGUGAACCUACGUCAAGCCUACCGUCGUUCACCAUGGGGUGCAAGUCGUCUAUCCUCGCGUACCAUCCUGUUCACCAAUGUCCCCAAAACCCUCUCUCAGAGCGCCCUGUUCGAGAUGUUCCCCGGCGUGAAGCACGCCUGGGUUGCUUCCAACACCAAGGAGCUGGAAAAGCUCAUCGAGGACCGCGACAAGACCGCCCUGAAGUUUGAAGCUGGCGAGGUUCAGCUUUCGGCUGACGCCAACAAGAACAGGAUGAAAGCUGAGAAAAACAAGAAACACUUUGUGAACGAAAACGUGCAGGAUGGCACCAAAUGGUUGAAUCCUAAGGACCGCCCCACCCACAAGCUCAAGUUCUUGAUCGGCAAAAAGGUCGACACCAUAGAGUAUGGACGUCAGCACCUAGCUGAGCUGAUUCCCAAGAUCACCGCUGAGCAAGACAAGCAUUGGAGCGGCAAUGGCGAGCUCGUUGGUGCUGUCUUUAUCGAAUUUGACACACAGAGACGCGCCCAGGAUGCAUGGCAGAUGAUGCAAAACAACAAGAACAAGCCCAAUUCCAAGAUGCAGGCCCGUCAACUUGGUGUUCAACCUCAGGAGGUGGUUUGGAACAACUUGCGAAUCAGCAAGCCUGAGCACUUCGCCCGCUGGGCUGUUGCGACCGGUAUCAUCUCUGUCAUGGUCAUUUUCUUCGCCAUCCCUGUCGCUUUUGUUGGUCUGAUUUCAAAUAUCAACUACCUAGCUGAAAGAUUCUCCUGGCUCUCUUGGAUCCUCGACAUUCCGCAGGUCAUUCUAGGUGUUGUUACCGGUCUUUUGCCUUCAGUCUUGCUUGCCGUCCUGAUGGCUUUGGUACCCAUUUUUUGUCGCCUUAUGGCCAAGUUGGCCGGUUACGUUACUUGGAGCCAGAUCGAACUCAAGACACAGAGCUGGUACUUUGUCUUCCAGGUUGUUCAAGUCUUCCUUGUCGCCACCCUAGCAAGUGCUAUCACUUCCGUGGUUAACAAUAUCCUCAACGACCCUGGCAGUGCUCUAAGCCUUCUUGCGGAGAACCUACCUAAGGCCUCUAACUUCUACAUCAGUUACUUCAUCCUGUUGGGAUUGUCUUCAGCCGCUGGUACACUCCUCAAUAUUGGUGGCUUCGUUGUUGUCGUUCUUCUUGGCCGUGUUCUUCCUGGAAAGACUCCUCGCAAGAUCUUCGAGAACCUCACCAAGCUUUCUGCGCCUGCAUGGGGAUCCGAGUUCCCCAAGUGGUGUAACUUGGGUGUCAUCGCCAUCACCUACUCUGGUAUUGCUCCUUUGAUCAUGGGCUUCGCCACUAUUGGUUUCUGCCUCGUCUACAUCGCCUACCGCUACAACUUUCUUUACGUAUAUGAGACCAACAUCGACACCAAGGGUGAGGCCUACCAGAAGGCAUUGAAACAACUCCUCACCGGUGUUUACCUUUCGGAGAUUUGUCUUAUUGGUCUGUUCGCUAUCGCUACUGCAAAGAACCCUCAGGCCGCCGGUCCCCUUGGCAUCAUGUGCCUGCUGCUGGCCAUUACCAUCAUCUUUUCUGUAACUCUAGGAGCGGCCCUCAGGCACGAGGAAGCCCGCCUGGCCUACACUGAUCCUACCCCACACAACGGCCAACUAGAGGACGGCCACCGUGAUGCGAGCCGUGAGAAGUCCGACUCUGCCCCUCUUAAUGUUACCGAUGCCGACCACGCCCCUCGUGCUUCCCGCAUUCCUGGUUUCCUCAGAAAAAUUAUAAAUCCAGAGCGUAACUCAUUAAGCACUCUCUACGACACCCUGGACAAGUUUUACCACAUUCCCCAGGAGCCAUUGCCCACUCAGAUCCAGAAGCGCGCCUUCUUCAACCCGGCCGUCACAUCGCCUACGCCUGUUAUCUGGAUUGUCCGCGAUGACAUGGGCAUCAGCGAGCGUGAGAUCAGGGAAACGAAGAAGACUGUCCCUGAGCUGCACAUGACAGACGAGCAGGCCGUCUUCAAUGAGAAGGGCAAGGUCUAUUGGAAGGGUGUCGAAGAUGGUCACGCCAGGGAGGCACCGAUCUUUGACGAGCGCAUUGUCUACUAG